AUGACGAGGAACCUUGCGAAACCCACCAUCACGUCGCCCGGGUUUCUGCUCAACUUCCUCCAACACACACACACAAAACCCACAAAUUCAACCACAAUGGCCGCCUUCACUCUUCUGUUCACUCCCGCCACCGCCGUCUACGGACGCUCAGGCUACAACAAGGACGGCGACGACGAGGAGAAGGACAGCCGCGGCCGCUCCGGAUACAACAAGGACGGCGAUGACGACGACGAGGACCAGAACAAGGGCCGCUCCGGCUACAACAAGGAUGGCGACGACGAGGAGGACAAAUAA